CCCCUCGGGCUGAGAGAGGCCGAAAGCCUUCGGAAGGGCCAUAGAGUCUUGGUGCGGUAGAGCGGCCCUCCCUUGGCCCAGAUUUCUCUGCAUUGCCUGGGAUACGGGAGAGAGCCUACGGCGUGGGGGGGCGGUGUUUGGGGGUGUCUUCCGACGUGGGGUCUGGCCGAGGUUUUCCACAGGGACGAGACUUGAGUUGUCUGCUCCUCCUCCUCUUCCUCCUCCUCCCUUCUGGCCCCCGGAGUCCCGCCUGUGACUUCUGACCUGCGAAGCCUUUUUUUCCCUGGAGAACUGGCCUCCGUGACCUCCUUGCCUUUGUGACCUUUGAACCCAGUCCGUGCUCGCCUUCUCUCUUUCUCUCUCUUCUCGCCUUCCCAGAGGCUCCCAUUCUUUUCGGCUUCUCCUUCCCUCCAAGGAGCAAGUCUCUUCCGAGGUCUGUCGCUCAGGUCCGCUCUCGACUUCCACCUGACGUGUCAAGCUUCUCUGUGCCCAAUUUCUCGGGGGGAGGGGGAGGGGGCGAGGCGGGGGAGCUGUUUGAAAACGAAGCUUUCUUAGUCUUCCUGGCCUACCAGGAACCCCCCCCCCCGUUUUUUUAAAGGGGGGCACCGGCUAUGCCUCCUGGCUGGAGGAAUUGGGGAGGCUGAAACGCUUCCUAGGGGCCCUGGGGGAGGGAGGGGGGCUCUAGUGUUGGCGUGGUUGUUCACAGAUCUGUUGGUGUGAGCCCCCAACCUUUCUGCGGCCUGGAAGAUCGACAUUUCCCUGAUACUAUCCAGCCGUGUCUCGGAAUGGCUGCGACGCCCAGAUGGAUGCUCAGGGGGUGCAUGGCCAGCUAGGGACUUCAGGCAAGUGGCACAGGAGCAGAAGUCGUGGCCUGCCUCUUGCGAAGCAAACUAGAUUCCAUUCGGACUGGAUAUGCAGGAUUCACUGUCUUAAGCAUUUGAUUAAAAAACUUGAUUUGCUUUAACCCGGGGAGCCCUUUUGGCUACCAUUAGUCCGGCUUAUUUCAAAGCCAUCCACAGGAAGCUUGGUGUACAGUACAAAUUGGGUCUCUCCUAUCCCCCACCCCACCGUCACCACCAUGUCGACGUCUUCACUGCGCCGCCAGAUGAAGAAUAUCGUACAUAAUUACUCUGAAGCCGAAAUCAAGGUUCGUGAGGCUACAUCAAAUGACCCUUGGGGCCCAUCUAGUUCUCUUAUGUCUGAAAUUGCCGAUCUCACCUACAAUGUGGUAGCCUUCUCAGAAAUCAUGAGCAUGAUCUGGAAGCGUCUCAACGAUCAUGGGAAAAAUUGGCGUCAUGUCUACAAGGCUAUGACACUUAUGGAAUACCUAAUCAAGACAGGUUCAGAGAGGGUUGCACAGCAGUGUAAGGAGAACAUAUAUGCCAUCCAGACACUAAAGGAUUUUCAGUACGUUGACCGGGAUGGCAAAGAUCAAGGGGUCAACGUGCGGGAGAAGGCCAAGCAGCUGGUGGCCCUCCUUAAAGACGAUGAGCGUCUCAAAGAAGAGCGGGCCCAUGCCCUCAAAACUAAGGAGAAGCUGGCCCAGACUGCAACCGCUUCUUCUGCUUCAUCGUCUUUGGCAAAUGCCCCAGUAGAAGCAGAGCAAGCAUGGCCCCAGAGCAGCGGGGAAGAAGAGCUGCAGCUGCAGCUGGCACUGGCCAUGAGUAAAGAGGAAGCGGAGCAGGUAAGCGCCAAGCCCCCUGCAGUGGCCGACGAAGACCUACAGCUCCAGCUAGCCCUUAGCUUGAGCAAAGAGGAGCACGACAAGGAAGAGCGGAUCCGGCGCGGGGAUGACCUUCGCCUCCAGAUGGCCAUUGAAGAGAGCAAAAAGGAGACAGUCCCUGCUAAGGAGGAGUCAUCCUUGAUGGACCUUGCCGAUGUCUUCACUGCUCCACCGCCUGCUGAUCCAUGGGGCGCUCACGCUCCUCCUGCUGACCCUUGGGGUGGCGCUGCCACAGUUGUACCCACAGCUCGUACGGACCCGUGGGGACCCCCUGCUGCUGCUGCUGCCGCAGCCCCUGCAGGAGAUCCAUGGGGAACUUCUGCAGCGCCUCCGGUACCCCCUUCGGACCCCUGGGGAGCCCCCCCAGCUGCCAGUGCUGACCCCUGGAAGGCCGAAGGUGGGACUUCUGUGGGGCCUGCAACAGCACCACCCACAGACCCGUGGUCCUCCAGCACGGUUCCCACAUCCCAAGGACAGCCUCCUCCUCCUCCUCCUUCUGAUCCUUGGACUCCAGCGUCCACUUUUUCAGAUCCCUGGGGGGGCUCCCCUUCUAAGCCUAGCACCAAUGGCAUGGCAGCUGUCAGAGGCUUUGAGCAGUUUGAUGACAGGGACAGGGAUGAAUUCUCUGAUUUUGACAGCCUGCGCCCAGCACUGCCCAAAUCUGGAAGCAGCACAGGUGAACUGUCCCUCUUAGCAGGGGAGGUCCCUGUCUCUCAGGCUGGCAGUGGCAAAGACAGCCCCAAUGCUUUUGAUAUGGCUGCCGUGGCUGGGUCACUGCCAGAGACUUGCAAGCCAAUGCGUAAAACCCCCGAGUCGUUCCUGGGUCCCAAUGCAGCCCUUGUUGAUCUGGACUCGCUGGUCAGCAAACCUGCCGCUCCAUCCAGCAGCACCAAGGCUUCGAACCCCUUCCUCCCACCUGGUUCAGCUCCCGCCCCAUCUGCCUCGGCCACCAAUCCAUUCCAGGCAGCGGCAGCCACCCCGCUGUCACUCAAUCAGCUCCGUGUCAGUCCGGUACUUCCGUUGUGCCAGCCAGCGCCACCAGCGUUUCCUGCCACAGCUCCAAUGGUCUCCGUAUCCCCCAUGGCUCCUGGGAUGCCCUUAGCCUCCGUUUCCCCCAUGGUGGCAGUGCAGCCCUUGGGGGCUGUUCCACCUCUGGGGCUGCCUGCCAUGGGGCUGCCCCCUCAGAACCUGCCCCCUGCCGGCAUUGUUCCCAGCAGCACUUCGGCCUCCACCCUGGGGAGCACCAACCCUUUUUUGCUAUAACUGGAGGACCUUUGGCCCGGUGUUGACCACCCAAACAUCCUCUUUCGCCCUGUGUUCCCCAUUGGCAGUGGGGCCCCUCCGGCGGCAGCCACCGAGCAGGGGCAGCAGCUGGAUUUGGGGUGGGAGGGAGGUGGAAGGAAGGGGAGGGACCGAAGUCCUUGCAGGCCCUCCGCCCUCAUGCCGGGAGGCCAGGGGAGCCUUUCGGCAAACCAGUUUCCCCUUUAUCCCCAGCCCUGCUCUGCAGGGACCUGGAAGGAUCCGUUUCUACUACCAAAGUCUAGGGAGCCACAGGGGUCACACCCAGUGACCAGUUCAACGGGGAGGAAUCUAUUCACAGGAGCAGAACUGGGGUAAAGGCGGGGACAGGACUCCUCCUUAUAAAUGAUAUUUGAACUCUACUUUUUUUUUUUUUUUUAAUACCUACCCAGAUUUGGGAGGUAAUGGCAGAUUUGGAAUAUUGAUAUUCAUUUCUUUCUUUUUUUUCCUUUUCAUUUCUUUUUUUUUUUCUUUUGUUCAUCAAAUCUCUGUCCUCUCCUUUGUGGAAGGAUAGAAGAAAGGGAAAUUGCUAACUCCUUACCUCUGUGAUCUUCCGGAUGAAAUUAUUUGGAUAAAUGAAGACACGACCUUUUAAAUUAAUGGGGUUUUUUUUCCCCCCUUAGAUACUCCCCUUCCUUCCCUUCUGAAUGUUUGUUGCAUCUUCUUCAACCUCCCUCUCUCCCACAACCCCUUAGCUGGGGACCGGUUUUUCGGGAUUUUUUUCCCCCCCUGAGGAAGUAGGGGUGUGUGUAUGGGGGUAACAGGAACAAUUGACACCUUAGAACACAUCUCCCUCUGUUCUUAGGAUCAAGAGAGAUGUCACUAACUUAAUGCCAGACCAGGUCACGCUUCUAGGCCUCUUACCCCCUCCUAAGUCCACUUUCUGCAAAUGUUGGACCCUGAAGGAAUAGCCUUUUGCAGGAAAUACAGGACCUUACCAAGGCGUUGAGUGGGUCAAUGGCCGGGAAGGCCUUGAAACACUCAACGCAGCCUACUGUGAAGGGGAAUCUGGAGGCCGCUGAAGGCCAGGCGUUCUGAGAGGCUAGAAAGUCUUUAAAGGCAAAACUUGCCAUGCUGCACCAUGACUGGGCUUGAAAGCCUUUCUUGGCCCGUGUCUUGGAAGGCCUGAAAGACUAAAGCCCCUGCUGGAUUUUGGAAUAGCAGGAUCUAAAAUUCUCUGUCCUGGUCUGCAGGCCACAGCCAACUCAGCCGCGGAAUCUACUGAAAACAGUGGGGCUCGGUGCCCAGCAGAGUUGAGAAGCUCUUCCUGCCUCUGGCCCAGCGGCCUUCCCGACAUGGCCUGCGUGGCAGCGGCCUUCCGUGUCUUUGUGGGUUGGACAUCCCUGUGGCCCACCAGGAAAGCGCCGUUUCUCAGACGCACAGCCAGACAAGAGACCUGCUCUUCAACCAGCACAACUCCGCAAGAGCCUCGAAAUGUUCUUCGGGUUGGUGGGGGGGGAACAGAGAGAGGGACAGGGGAUGUUGGGUGGUCACUUUUACCCCUUCUAUAGCAGCAGCAGCAGCAGCAGAAGCUUGUGGGGGGGGGGGAGUCACGGCUGUGUGUGUUUGUGUGUGUGUGUGUGUAUGUGUAUGUGUUGCUGCUUUUUUAAAUUCCUCUUUGAUGCUGGGGAGGGGCGCUCGUUAGCACCCAGGACAAUCUUGUUCUUUUUACCGCCCCCCCCCCCCCCCAAAAAAUCCUUGGUGUGUGUUUCCUUUCCCCCCCCCCCCCCCCCCCCCCCCCCCAUCAUGCUGGGGUUGAUUUUUCUCUCCUCCUCCUCCUCCUCCCCCGCCCCCCAUAUCGGUAUAUUUGAAUCAUUGUGUCAUUUGUUGGGGGUGGGGAGUGAUUUAGCUGUGUGUGACCCUCCCCCUUGGCUCUGUCCCCCUGCCUCCAUUUCCUCCUCCCAGGUUCCACACCGAUUCUGGUAUGCUUCAGAAAAAAAAAAAUGCUAUUAAUGAAAUGAAAUAAAUGGAAAUUCUUCUAUGGCAUCCAAAGGCUUUGGC